AUGGAAGUCGCAAAUCCAACACCACAUGUAUACCAAGAAUUAAACAUUCACCGAACAAUUCAAGAGAGCGUAGAAGACUUGUCUGUUCGCGAGCCAAUGGACUCAUUGGAGAUAUAUGAACACAUCAGACGAAUCAAAGACCCGGAACACCCGUCAGUGACUCUAGAACAAUUGAAAGUGAUUAGCCCAGAUUUGAUUACAGUCGACGAUGUUGGGAAUCACAUAGUUGUUAAAUUUACACCAACAGUCGACAAUUGUACUAUGGCCACUUUGAUUGGUCUUGCGAUUCGAACGAAACUCAUUCGUGUUCUUCCGUAUCGAAUUAAAGUCGACAUCUACUUGACAGAAGGGACCCACCAAACGGAGGAAGACGUGAACAAACAACUCAACGACAAAGAGCGUGUCGCGGCGGCCCUAGAAAAGCCGAGUCUUCUUGCUGUUGUCAAUAAGUGCUUGAUUUGA